AUGACCAGUUGUGGCCGACGGUCCUGGAACGCGCUGGCGCUCAUCUCCCUGCCUGUCCUGUCCGCGCACUUCCGCGUCUGCGAGCCCUACACGGACCACAAGGGCCGCUACCACUUCGGCUUCCACUGCCCGCGGCUCUCGGACAACAAGAGCUUCUUCCUGUGCUGCUACCGCAACAACACGGUGUUCAAGUACUGCUGCGGCGAGAGCGAGUUCCGCGCCGUGAUGCAGGCCAACCUCACGCCGGCCGAGGGCUACGCGCACAACAACUACCCCGCGCUGCUGGGCGUGUGGAUCUACGGCUUCCUCGUGCUGGCGCUGCUGCUCCUGGACCUGCUCUACUACUCCGCCAUGAACUACGACUUCUGCAAAGGCUACCUGGCGCGGUGGGGCGUCCAUGGACGGUGGAUGAAACAGGACCCCCGGCGGUGGGGGGCCCCCGCCCGGGCCCCGCCGCUGGGCCACCCCCCCGGCCCCCGGCCACAGCCCCCGCCCCUGCACACGCCGGGAGACGGCCACAGCCCGCCGCUCAUGACCUUCCAGAGCUCCUCCGCCUGGAAAGAAAUCAGCACGUGCGGAGCUCGGGCAGACUGCUUCGUGGGGGUAGAAAGUGGACAUCUUUCGUGGACUGACUGCCUUGGUCGCCUGAGGGCCCCUGAGGUGACACGGCGAUGGCUCGUGGGUGGCUGUGGGCACAGGGCCCCGGGGCGGGGUCGUAAGGACCUUGAGGGGGGCUUCCGUGGCCCCACACCCCUCCUGCUGGCCAGGCUCUGCCCCAAGUGCGAGCUCCCGGGCCGGGCACGCGCAGUACGUGCACAGUUAAGCCCUGCCUCCUCCUGGGAGCCCCCGGCGCACUGA